AUCGCAACAACUCUCUAUCUCUGUCUCUCUCUCCCCCACCUUCAUCUCGCGGAAACUGAAAAAUUCUCCGCGCUGUACCCGUUUUUCAAAAGUUUCUCCACGAAACGUAGAAAAAAACCACAGCGAAACGUUUUCUUCUUCAACUAAUCAGCUGCCUGCACUGUGUGGAGCAGGGAUAGUUUACUUUUUGGUUAGGAAAUGAAGCGGAAGCGAAAGAACAAGAAAGGAAAGCCCAAAGGGUCUGUGGGGGGAGGAAAUGAGGCGGUUUCAAGUGGGGCUAUCGUAGAUUUGGAGGAUGGUACAAAUAUGGAUGAAGAUGGUAAUUACGAUAAUAAGUAUGAGUCUGGAAUGGAAGUUGAUACCCCUUCGUCUUCUGGAACUGAUCAGCAUAUCAAUCUUGCCAAUAUUAAUCCUGAUGGUUCAAUUGAUAGGGGGGUUGGGAAAUCAGUGGGAAGAGUUAAAGUGAAGCUUAAGACUUCGAGAACAAUGGAUUCUCAGCCUACUUCAUCAGAUGCAUACACACAAAGUGAUACAGAUAAAAGUGGCCAACAAGUUGGUUUGGAAAGACAAGGUCUGGUUUCUGAGAAAAUGGAGGAUAGUGACAAUUCAUUGCAUGAAGUAAACGUUGGUGCUUCUGUGAACGCAUCGAAGAAAACUGGGGGUAUAAAGAUUAAGUCAUCAAAGGUGUUGGGGUCUAGUGUCAAUCACAGUACUGAUCCUGUUUCUGCACGGACUAAGAGUCCACAUAAAAGAGAAUCAAAGAUGGCUGACCAAAGUUCUCGAUACAAUAAGCAAGAAUUAAAUACUGCACUGACGAUAAUAAAGAAGGUGAUGAAAAUGGAUGCUUCUGAACCCUUUAAUGUCCCUGUGAAUCCUGAAGCUUUGGGAAUACCUGAUUAUUUUGAUGUGAUAGAUACACCAAUGGAUUUUGGAACAAUAUGCAACAAUCUUGAACAGGGUGGCAAGUAUAAUAAUUCCGAGGAUGUUUUCAGAGAUGUUGAAUAUAUUUGGAACAAUUGUUAUAAGUAUAACAGUAAAGGUGACUACAUUUUGGAUCUUAUGAGGCGGGUGAAAAAGAAUUUCACUAAGUAUUGGACUGCAGCUGGGUUGUAUAAUGGACAACCAAGAGGAACUAAUGGUGUUGAAAGCCCUCAAGAGAUAAUGGCUCCAUCUGAUCAGGGAAAAGUACAUGUUAAAGGUGGCCAAUCAAAGCAGAAAACACGAAAAGGUCAUGGAAGGCAUCAUAAAGCGGAUUGCUUAUGUGCUAUCUGUGUUCUAAAGCGCCGUAGAAGGGAGCGUGAGGAGAAUGAUCAAAUUGCAAAGGGCCAUGGAGCUAGUGAUAAUAGUCUUGCUCAAGAACUCAAGCAAGAGGAAUCUUCACUUGCGGAAAGUCCGGGUGGGAAUUCAUCUUCGGAUAUGGAUGGAUCAUUGGAACCCAAUGCAGAUGUGGAGGUAGAAGAAAAAGGAGAGGAUGCGAAAAUGGGGGUAUCCAAGCAGCAGUAUGGUCCUUCAGGGGAGAAGCACGAGGAGGAGGAUGAUGAUGAUGAGGGGAAUGAGGAAGAAGAUAGUGACACAGAGAUGAAAGAUGAGGAUAAUGGUGAAGCACUAGAGCAGUUUGAGAAAUCAAGAGAAGAGCCUAAUAAACAAUUGCAACCAAUAACAGCAGAGGUUUCCGCAGAGUCCAAACAGAUGCAAACAAAGAUAAUACAUCGAUGCAGCAGGAGGAAGGACUUGUAGCAGAUAAACAACCUAAGUCGCAGGAAUCGCAAGAAAGGAGGCAUAAGAAAGUUAAAGCAUAUGAAAGUCUGCAAUUUGAGAAUCCCAUGCUUUUGGAUCUAUGUGGGACUCUCUUCCCUAACAAUAGUAAGUCUAUCUGGAGUGGACCCCAUUCGCUGGUUCAACAUCGCAGUUCUCGUACCAGUUCCAUUCACGCAGCUAUUAACAUGCUCAUGAAGUAGGUCCUAUCUUUUGGGCAUAUGAGGUAACUGAACAUAUCUCGGUACAUGCAUGCUUGUGUAAUCCAGUGUUUAGAUGUUACUGAUGCAUAAUGGAAAAUCGAGCAAUAGGAUGGAAACUCAGCUACAAAUGUUCUAGAUAGUAGUCUUCCAGUUCCAGUCAUUCUCUACUUUCUUUUUAAUUGUGUUUGGGAAGUAAUAGCUUGAGAUUUUCCGAUUGCAUACUGGUCAGUCUUGGUCGAAACCCAAGGACAAGCCAGAGACCUAAUACGUUAUUUACAAAUGAUGCAGCAGCAAGAGAUUCUAAAUUGGCUCUCUUAGGAGAAUAUGGAAAUCUUAUAUCCAUUGUAUGUAUAGUUAUCUGACAUCGUUUGGCACUCUAUGAAUGUGAGGCAAAACUCGUGCCUGUGGUUGUUUAAUCCUGUCGAAUUGUGGCGAGUGGUGCUAGUAAAGUCUUGAAGUAGAACCGGAUUUUUUUUAUUUUAGUUUCCGAGGAGAGGAGAUUCGAACUUUGGAUCUCUUUCAAUGACUAAUGUUGUGUAUGACUGGUGUACUAUUUUCAUAAUAAGUAUUUUUGUAAUGUGAAUGUUUGGAGUUGGCUGUCAGGGCUCAA